AUGUCUUCCCUAAUAGAAGAAGCUAAACGCAGAGCCGCGUACAGAGCAGUUGACCAACACAUUACCUACCAUGUAAGACUUGUUGGCAUUGGUUCGGGCUCGACAAUAGGGUACGUGGUAGAGCGGUUACUGCAACGUGGGAAAGAGGCGAACGCAAGGAUUGUUUUUAUUCCAACAAGCUUUCAGAGUAGACAGUUAAUUGUUGAUAAUGGGUUGACGUUGGGCGAUGUUGACCAAUAUCCUGAACUUGACGUGACAAUUGACGGCGCAGACGAGGUAGACGAAAAUCUGAAUGCGAUUAAAGGCGGUGGUGGAUGUCAUUUACGUGAGAAAGUUGUUGCAGAAGCAGCAAAAAAAUUUAUUAUUAUCGCUGAUUAUCGAAAAAAUGCAAAGACACUGGGUGAAAAGUGGAAACAAGGGAUUCCAAUCGAAGUGGUUCCAUUUACCUACACGCGCGUCAUUAAAGAAUUAAAAGACCUUGGUUGUGAGAAUCCUACGCUACGUAUGGCAAAUGCAAAAGCUGGACCCGUAAUCACAGAUAAUGGAAAUUUUUUGAUUGACGCUCAUUUUGGACUGGUGAAUUCUCCGGGAGAGCUAUUGCGGAAAAUUAAACUGUUGACUGGUGUGGUGGAAGUUGGGUUGUUCGUUGAUGUAGCGGAUGUUGUGUAUUUUGGGAAUGAAGAUGGGAGUGUCAGUGAGAAGAAAAGGUAA